CGUCAAUAAAAAGUCCAGCACCUCCAGACGCUAAGGGUGUUGGAACAUGUUCAAAGACGUAGCCUGGAAUGCUUGCUUUCCUUUUGUCCCAGCGUCUCGAUUAGCCGACUACAUGGAGGCAAUAACCGAUUGGCCCUAAAUGACGAUGAGGAUAACAUAGUUUCAGGUACCGCGGUCCAUUCACCGCUCGCACGGGUUGACAGGUUUGUCUGGUACGUAGUACUGCUUGUUUAUCAAUUUUGGAAUUUAAGAGGAUACCUUUGAAAGACACGAGGGACAUCUUUAAUGAUUGAAGAGGGUCUUUAGAUUUUAUGGAGUGGAUACAAAAGUGUUGGUAUUGGGGAUAAAAAUCUGAAACCUUUGACUGAAAAAAGAUUGACUUUCUAGGUGAGGUUAUUUUCAUGGCAACCCCCUCGUCAUCAUUUCCGUCAUCGAAAGAGACAACCAACUAUGCAAGGCUGUGCCGCCUCCUGGUGGAUGUUGGCUCUCAAGUGCUCCGGUCCACUUUUGACAAAAUUCAUCCACCAGCGACUCUACACACAGUUUUGGGAAAAGCCUCUGUGCACCACGCCACAUUGCAAUCACUGUACAAAGGGAAGAAGAAGGUAUUGAAUCCAACCCAGUGGGGGAAGCUGUAUCCUGCACAUUCACCUGUGUCAUCAGCAACCUUUGACAUAACGCUCCUAACAGUGCUGCUUAGAAAUAUCUGUGGCUUGAGCCCUCCUGUUACUGGUUGGGAUCAUCUUCCCCUAGCUGCAAACAAAAGCAUUACAGAUGACAUCGCCAGAGUGAAGUAUUACAGGAACACUGUAUACGGCCAUGCCUCUCAAGCCUCUGUAAAUGACACUGUUUUCAGUUCUUAUUGGCAGGAGAUACGAGAAGCUUUGGUGAGACUGGGGGGAGCUCAUUUUCGGGCAGAUAUCGACAAUCUUGAGCACGACUGCAUGGAUCCUGAUAUUGAAGAGCAUUAUCGUGAACUAAUGAAACAAUGGAAGAAUGACGACGACAGCAUCAAGAACAAACUUGAAAAGAUGGAAGCGAGCAUUAAAGACUCAAUGGAGAAGAUCAUAGUGCCCCUGAAAACCAUAAUGGAGAAAAACGUGAGAGAUACAGCUGGGAAGAUAGAGAGUGAAUUGAAAGAGGUGAAAGAGAAACUUGGUUCCCUAACGGCCUCAGUUGAGAAAAGUACGGAGGAAGGAGGGGCGAAAUUUGCACUGGCGCAGAUGAAAAGUGAAAUAGAAAAAAUGGACAGUGGGAUGAACGAUGUGAAGGAAAAUCUGUCUGUCCUGACUGACUCUGUUAAAGAGACCAAGGAUGAAGAGGGUAUAAAACAGUCAUUGAAGCAAAUCAGAGAUGAAAUGGACACCAAACUUACAAGGAUGGAGAUUGAAAUGAAAGAGUUGAAGGAAAAGCUGUGUAAGCGGACAGUCUCAGCUGAGGAAUUCAAAAGUGGAGGUGCUUUUGAUCUAACUGAGCUAAUCGAUGGAAUUCGCCAAUUGUACAAAAUUCGGGAGGGAUGGCUUUCACCGUUUCCAUGGUGUGAAGAGUUCCAGUUUUUUGUGGGUGAUAUUUUUACAAGGCUCAAACUCGUCAGAAGAAAGAAAACGAGAGGAGACGUCACUGACAAAAUCAUCACCAUGUCGUCUCUCUUGAAUCCGCACGAAGAGUGUUCAGAGCCAAGAACCGUUCUAAUCGAAGGAAAACCUGGUAUGGGUAAAACUACUUACUGUAAAAAGUUUGUUUACGACUGGGCUACAAAAAAACAGAACCCUGAAGAUUUCGUCUUAACUAUCAAAGUAGUACUGCUCCUUAAAUGUCGUGAUAUUAAGUCUGAUAUUUGGGAAGCCAUUGAUGAUCAACUUCUGCCUCGAGAUUUGGAGGAAGGAGCCAAACAGCAAUUCUUCCAGUUUAUUCGUGACAACCAAUCCAGUAUUUUAUUGAUAUUAGAUGGACUGGAUGAGUUACCCUGUAGUGAAGGGCCAUGGAUUUCAGAAAUGAUCGCGGGAAGACUGCUUCCGAAGUGUUACAUAGUAGCAACUGCGCGACACGAAGCUGGAGUAAAGCUAAGAAAAUGCUUUGACACCUUGCUCGAAGUCGAAGGAUUUACUCAAGCACAAGCCAGAGCAUUUAUCGCCAAGUACUUCAAGGAAAAGUCGCAAUUAGCUGAAAAGCUCUCGGUACGAAUAUCCAGCGAUGAAAUCCUUCAAGAAAUGUGUGCAAAUCCAUUAAACACAGCGCUGCUUUGCCUUUUAUGUGAGGAGUUUGGGGGCAACCUUCCGGAAAAUAGAACCAAGCUCUAUUUAGAUAUGAUUGAAUGUGUCUUGCGAAGAUACAGAAAAAAGAAAGAACUACCUGAUACAAAAGAGGAUCUUACAGACAUUUACAAAUCGCAGUUGAAAACCCUUGGAUUAAUAGCGCUAAAUGGUUUGAUUGAUGACAAGUUGGAUUUUGAUGAGAAUGAAUUAGAAGAGCAUCCUAGUGACUUGGCUGCAUUCGGAUUUCUGUCAGUUCAACCCGGAGGUAGUAAACUGAGGCCGAGUCUACGUUAUGCAUUUUUACACAAAUGCUUUCAAGAAUGCUUUGCAGCAUUCUAUAUCUGUUGUGAGAUUCAAGAUAAAAAAAUAACACCUGAAAAGUUAGUUUCCGAUGAGAGGUAUUUCAGUAAACUGAGACAGGUGCUAUUGUUUUCAUGCGGCAUUUUAGCAGAACAAUCCGAUCAACAAGCUGCGGUUCUCGUCUCGAGUAUAGGACACUGGUUUAACGAUCCCGACGACGGCAACAUGAAGGGUGUAGAAGUUGUAUUAGAGGCCAUCAAUGAAUGUAAAAGAAAGAGAGAUGAUUUUCACCUGCAAUUAGCAAGAUAUUUUGGAUCAAAUAUCACUAAAAAAGAACUAGUCUGUAUGCAGACCCUAGGCAUGGAACUGCUACUAAUUCUCUCUGAGACAAUUAAAGUCAACAAGACUUUGACUCAUUUGCGUUUGUGUUGUGAUCUGAGUGGUGAUGCCGGUGCUAUAUCAAUUGCUGAGGCAAUCAAAGUCAACAAGACUCUGACCAAUUUCCAUUUAAGUGUCGAUGGGAUUAGUGAUGCUGGUGUUACAUUUAUUGCUGAGGGAAUCAAAGGCAACAAGACCCUAACCACUUUAGAUUUGUCUGCCAAUCAGAUUAGUGAUGCUGGUGCUACAUCUAUUGCAGAAGCAAUCAAAGUCAACAAGACUCUGACAGAUUUAAAUUUGACUGGCAAUUGCAUUAGUGAUGCUGGUGCUACAUCUAUUGCUGAGGCAAUCAAAGUCAACGGGACUCUUACUUAUUUGACUUUGUUUCACAAUCAGAUUAGUGAUGCCGGUGCUACAUCUAUUGCUGAGGCAAUCAAAGUCAACAAGACUCUGGCAAAUUUGGAUUUGAUUCAAACUAAGAUUGGUGAUGCCGGUGCUAUAUCUAUUGCUGAGGCAAUCAAAGUCAACAAGACUCUGACUAAUCUGUGGUUGUGUGAAAAUCAGAUUACUGAUGCUGGUGCUACAUGUAUUGCUGAGGGAAUCAAAGUCAACAAAACUCUGACCAAUUUGAAUUUGCUUGAAAAUCAGAUUAGGGGUGCUGGUGCUACAUAUAUUGCUGAGGCAAUCAAAGUCAACAAGACUCUGACCAGUUUGAAUUUGUUUCGAAAUCAGAUUAGUGAUGCCGGUGUCACAUCUAUUGCUGAGGCAAUGAAAGUCAACAAGACUUUGACCAAUUUGAAUUUGUCUGGUAAUGAGAUCAGUGACGGCGGUGCUACGUCUAUUGCUGAGGCAAUCAAAGUCAACAAGACCCUGACCAAUUUGGUAUUGUCUUGUGGUCGGAUUAGCAAAGCCGGUGCUACAUAUAUUGCUGAGGCAAUCAAAGUCAACAAGACUCUGACCAGUUUGAAGUUGUAUCGAAAUCAGAUUAGUGAUAUUAGUGAUGUCAGUGUUACAUUUAUUGCUGAGGCAGUCAAAGUCAACAAGAUUGACUGUUAUUGAUCGCUUUCUUUGACGAAUGUUACAUGUGGUAUAGGUUCUAUAUCCUAAGGAUACAGUAGUCCUUCACGGAAAAAAGAAUGGUACCACGCUAUAUGUGUAAAUUUUGUGAAUUGUUAUAUCCGGCAAAAUAUUUUUUUCCUUCUUAGCUUGAUCUAAUCAUAAACCAGAAGAGUCGCACAAUUAAAAGCGGAUGAUGUUCCUUUUAGCAAAUAAGUCAAUAACUAAUCUGACCACUGAAAUAUUACUUCUACACAUUUGCCUGUCAAGUUUCUUAUAAAAAGUUUGCUGAUACCUUUUAUGUAGGCGACCAUUACGAAAGAUCACUUUCGAAUAAACUGAAUUCCCCUAAAUGUUUUUGUUAGGUUCUUAUCUUCUGAGUCCUCGGGCGAAAGUUUAAAGCAAUCAGCUAAGUCUUCAUACUCUAUAAAUUUGUUUAGAGUUGAUACAUUUUAGCAAAAAGGCUUGGGGUUGUUUUUGUUUCUAAUGUUUUGACAACAUUUUAUACCUUUACUUUGGUUGACCACAAAUUAUUUCCACACUGAAAACUGGAAAUGCUGACUGCCAAGAGAAACACAAAGCCGUCCUUAGAAACGGAUCAGACGCGGUGCAGCAGAAAUUCGGAUUGAACUUUUACGACUGUAUGAUAUAAGAUAUAGAUAUAUCGAAUAAAAGCGCCUAGUGAUUGUUGCUUAAAUAACCAAGAAAUUUGACUUAACUUUUUCCGCGAGUAGUUUAUUCCAUAGUCUUAUGGUCCUUGAGAAGAAGGAACAAAAACGAAUGUCCUUUGUCGCUUUAUGUUCUCUGUAUCUAUGACGAUGACUUCCUCCAGUUUUGAAUGCAGAAUGGGGUUUUUAAGUAGCUGUUUAAAUCAAAAUCGUCAUAUACACGGCUCAUUUUAUAUAAAAGAUUUAGAUGAGUUAUAGUUCUUAAUUCUAAGCUUGACCAACGUAGAUCUUAAAGAAUUUCAGUAACGCUAGCUGUAGGAUAAUGGAGCAGAACCAUUAUUGGAUCUUCUCAGGCAAAGCAACGUCCUUUGGGUGAUAGUCUCCCAAUCGGCACAGGCAUAUUGAAGCUUCGAAUGAACUUUUUUAGACAAUUCCAAAGAUGCCUUUUUGUCAUGCCCCAAACUUUACUUGCCUUCUCGAGAACGGCGAAGACGUGUAUGGGCCACUUCAGAUUUUUUAUUGAAUAAUACACCCAGGUAGGAAAUACAUUCAACCUAUUCCAGUUAGAAAACGUAUUUCCUUUGUGGGGUUACUUUUUUGGUGGAAAUUCAUAUUGCAUUUUGAAGGUUGAAUACCAUUUGCCAUUUGCUCUGCCCCACUUUUAGUUGUCUAAGGUCAUCCUGCAGUUGGUCACCGUCCUCCACACUUGAGAUGUCACCGUAUGUUAAUGUAUCGUCAGCCUAAAUGAGGAGUUAAGAGGACAUCCGUACAACAAUCAAACAAAUAUGAAAUUUUUGUGGCAAGGCUUAAACGAUCAAAUUGUCUCUAUUUUUACACACAAGUAGCGCCAAAGUCUUCAGCGCCAAAAUCGCGAU